CCGGUUUGGCGUCGCCGCAGUGUGCCAUCUAAGCCUAUCUUGUGGCUCUUCCUCUCCAACACCCACUGUCCUCUUGUCCUCCCUCACAACAUCCAUCAACCUUUUCUUUGGUCUUCCUCUCCCUCUUUUGCCUGGCAGCUCCAUCCUUAGCACCUUUCUACCAAUAUACUCACUCUCUCGCCUUUGGAUAUGUCUAAAGGAUCGAAGUCUGCUCUCUCGAACCUUGUCUCCAAAGUAUCCAACUUUGGCUGUCCCUCUCAUGAGCUCAUUUCGAAUCAUAUCCAAACUACUCACUCCUAGAGAGAACUUCAACAUCUUCAUUUCUGCCACCUCCAGCACUGAUUCCUGGUGUCACCGUCUCAAAUCCAUACAUCAUGGCCGGUCUUACCACUGUUUUAUAAACUUUGCCCUCAUCCUAGCAGGGACUCUUUUGUCACAUAACACGUCUGAGACACCUUCCGCCACCUGUUCCAACCUGCUUGGACCCGUAUCUUGACUUCCUUACCACACUUACCAUUGGUCUGUAUUGUUGACCCCAAGUAUUUGAAGUCGUCCACCCUCGCUAUCUCUUCUCCCUGGAGCUUUACUCUUCCUCCUCCGCACCUCUCAUUCACACACAUGUAUUCUGUUUUACUUUGGCUCACCUUCAUUCCUCUCCUUUCCAGUGCAUGCCUCCAUCUUUCAAAUUGGUUCUCCACCUGCUCCCUGCUUUCACUGCAUUUCACGAUAUGAGCUGCAAACAUCAUGGUCCAAGGGGAUUCCAGUCUAACCUCAUCUGUCAGCCUAUCCAUUACCACUGCAAACAGGAAGGGGCUCAGAGCUGAUCCCUGAUGCAGUCCCACCUCCACUUUAAAUUCUUCUGUCACACCUACAUCACACUUCACCACUCUUCUGAUGCCCUCAUACAUGCCCAGCACUAUUCUAACAUAUUUUUCUGCCACACCAGAUUUACGCAUGCAGUACCACAGUUCCUCUCUUGGUAUUCUGUGAUAAGCUUUCUCUAGCUCCUUUUGCCCUUCUCUUUACAUUUCCACUAGCGUCCUCAAGGCAAAUAAUGCAUCCACUACUCUUUCCCAUAACUUCAUUGUGUGGAUCAUCAACUUUGUUCCUCUAUAGUUCCCACAGCUCUACAAAUCAUCUUAAAGAUGGGAACUAGCAUAGUUUUCCUACAUCCUUCAGGCAUCUUCUCACCCGCUAGUAUUCUGUUGAUUAAGUUGGUCAAAAACUCCAUAGCCACCUCUCCAAAUUGUUUCCAUACCUCCAUAGGUAUGUCAUCAGGACCAACUGGCUUUCCAUUGUAUGCUUCUACCUCUGCUCUUGUAGGCCACCCCAUGUUCCUGCCUUUUCUGGGGAAAAAAAAGUGUUCACUACUGCCACUUCCAUCCUUUUUGCCAAGUCCACCACCAUCUGUCCCUCAAAGUUGCUUUCCUGGAUGCCAUCACUUCUUCAUCGCCCCUGUUUCUGUCACCAUGUCCAAUACAAUCUGCAGCAAUCACAACUCUCCCUCUGUCUGGAAUGGGUGUACCCCGCCUCCUGCUUGAUGACAGUUGGGAUAGGCUCCAGCACUCCCGCGACCUUCGUGAGGAUAAGCGACUCAGAAAAGGGAUGGCUGUAUUGUAACAAUAGAUCAGAUUAUUUUUGUUGCAUCCCACCAACCCCCUAAAAGACAUUUGUAAACAUCUUCUUUUACUAUGAAAAUCAAUUAUCAAGGUUUUUCCAUUUUUCUGACACGCUGCAGACAUUUUGUACAUUUUCUGCACUUACAAAACAUUGAAAUAAUGUUCUGUUUUAAUGUUCUUUGAAUCCAAGGAUGGAAAUUCUAAAGCGUGGUCUUGAAUCCGAUUCAUUGAUGAAUUAAAAGAAAAAGUGACGGAUUGAUCAGUGAUUAAAGUAAUAGUAGCAGCUCUACUAAUUUUCUCCUCUAACCCUCCUUGGAAAGCCGCCUCCAAUCAGAGCUUCCUCUUAAAGAGAGGGAAACUCGUCACUUUAUGCCAAGCGAGUGAGCGUGAAUGUGAACGGAGGGGGUGGGCUGCUGGUGUCGUCACCGACUCAGACACAGUAGAGAGCGGAGUGCCCACCCUCUUCCUCUCCAUCUGUCCUCUCCAUCCUCCUGCAUCGCAACCUUCUCAGUCAGCCGGCUUUGGCUGUUGCCUUCCCGGGUUCUCCACAUUCUGACGGGGAGGCGAAGCGAGCCACCUCACUCACCUUCGGCAGAGCCCACGCUUACUCGAAGAGCAGACUAGUACGAGCAUCGGGAUGGGUUCGAGAUUCAUGCCUCCACUGUUCCUCCUCCUCCUUCUCCCUUCGCUCCUGAACUGCGGCACCGGUGCCGGCGCCGUCCCCUCCCCGUUCCAGCUGGCCCCGGACACCCCGGCCCCGGCCGAGCCCACGCCGACCCGGUCAGCGCCUCGGCCGGACCCCUGCGAAGGACGACCCUGUCUCAACGGGGGCUUCUGCCUGGCUCUCCCGUCUCCAGGCAGGCCAGAAGACCCCUGGGAGUACACCUGCAUGUGCGGUCAGGGCUUCACUGGACGUAACUGUGAGUUUUUCACCGACCCGUGUUCCAGCAGUCCCUGUCUCCAUGGAAACUGCAGCCUGCGCAACGGGGAAGAAGAGGGGGGGCCGGCCUACACCUGCGAAUGUAGCGAAGGCUACGAGGGCCCGAGGUGCCAUCAAAUCGUGCAGCCCGUCGCCGAAUGGGAAGCCGUCUCGCCGUCCGCCCCUCAAUUGGCCACCCCCGUCACGUCCGCGACCUCGGCCGCCACGCAGCCGCCACAAACAAGCAGCGUGGCCGCCGGCGAGACGCCGGCCGCCCCCACCUUGCUGCCGUGGCAACCCAAAACUGCUCAGCGGCUGCUGAUGGUGCCGUGGGAGGCGGACAGGGUGACCGAGGGUCUGCACUGUGUGAGCCCAGAGCUUUGCGAGCUGACAGCAACACUGACUUUAUCUCUGGAGGUGCCAGAGGAAACGGGCGUCAAGCUGGUGGUGAACGCGGUUGGAGCGCCAGCGCUGUGGCGUGUGAACGAAGAAGGCUUCCUGCGGUCGUCCUUUGUGAAUGGCUCGGAGAUGUGGUUCAUGCAGUCCUCCGACGGGCUGGUGGUGCCUGACCAUGCCUUGCCCCUGGGACAAAACUACUUCCUCAGCGUGAUCCAGGUGGGCGCCCCCACGGCACCAGAGGUCACCCUGCGUCUCAACCUGACGGUGAAAGCCAGCAGCUGCGUGGAGCCCGGCAGCAGCUUCAGUGACCCCCAGUGCUCGGGUAAAGGCAAAUGUGUCACACAGCCCUCUGAGAGCACCUUCUUUUGCGAGUGUGACGACAGCUACACGGGAAUCUUCUGUGAGGAAUUUGACGCCUGUCACCACCGACCAUGCCGUAACAACGCCACCUGUGCUGAUGUUCGGCAGGGAGGCGAAGGACACAACUUCACUUGUAGCUGUCAAGCAGGUUACGAAGGGGAACGCUGCCAAUUGCUGGUUAACCACUGCCUCUCUCAGCCCUGCGAGAACGGAGGCACGUGUUCCAGCAGCCUGGCCGGGCCUCAUUGCUUCUGUCCUGAAGGGUACCAGGGCUCCACAUGUGAGCAGCAGGUGGAUCCGUGCGCUUCCGGACCUUGCCACAACAACGGAACGUGCUACCCCCAGGGUGGUGCCGGUCCCCUGGGCUUUGGCUGCAGCUGCACUUCGGGUUUCACCGGCCCCACGUGCACCCAGUUGGUGGAUUUCUGCGCUCUGAACCCGUGUGCCCACGGUGUAUGUCGCAGUGUGGGCAACAGCUACAGGUGUCUUUGUAUCCCAGGCUACCACGGCUUGUACUGUGAGGAGGAGUACAACGAGUGUCUGUCCGCGCCGUGCCAGAAUUACGCCACCUGCCGGGACCUCAUCAAUGCCUACGAGUGUGUCUGCACGCCACAGUUUGAAGGGAGACACUGUGAAAUUUACAAGGAUCCCUGUCUGAAGAUGCGCUGCCUCAAUGGAGGUCACUGUGACAGCGCGGGACUCAAUGCAUCCUGCACGUGCCCACCUGGGUACACAGGGCAGCGCUGUGAGGUCGACAUCAACGAGUGCGAGAGCAACCCUUGUCACCACGGGGGCACUUGUAUUGACCAACCACACGGCUACACCUGUCACUGCCACCCUGGGUGGGUUGGGCCUGGCUGCGAGAUCCACCUACAAUGGAAGCCGCCGCACUCGGAGGAAACGCUGACCAACAUGCCCCGCCACUCCCUUUACAUCAUCAUCGGAGCGUUGUGCGUGGCCUUCGUCCUCAUGCUCAUCAUCCUCAUCGUGGGCAUCUGCCGCAUAAGCCGCAUCGAGUACCAGGGCUCGUCGCGCCACGCCUACCAGGAGUUUUACAACUGCCGUAGCAUCGACAGCGAGUUUGGCAACGCCAUCGCCUCUAUCCGCCAUGCCAGAUUUGCCAAGAAGUCUCGGCCCGCCAUGUACGAUGCCACCCCUAUCAGCUACGAAGACUACAGUCCCGACGACAAACCUUUGGUUACCCUCAUUAAAACGAAGGAUUUGUAAAACUUUGUCGCACCCAUGUACACGUACACGCAGGCUUAUAUGGGGGGAAAGUCAGUCUGAAUGUAAAAUGUGAGGUGGGGGGGUGAUCCCAAAAUAUAUAAUCUGUAGUUUAAAAAGAACCACUAAGGAAUUUGAUACAUCUAUUUUUGCUGUUAAUGUUCAUGCUAAGGUUUAAUUGUAGCAUAAGAGCAGCACUGGCACAUUUUAGCGAUGAGGCCCAACAGUUCCAGUACGUUCUACUGCAAAAUAGUGACGCCUGCGGACAACUAUCUGUCUGCUGCCGGGGCCUGCAAACCUGGCAACAGUCAGCCAGGAAAUACAUGUAACUGCGUACGCUGAAUAUUUUUAUAUCUCAUGUUAUUCCUGCGGUAGGUUGCCUUACUUCAUGCAUGGUUAUUAAUUAGAUUUGAUGUUGCCGCCUUUUGUUGGUCGCUAUUUCCCCCUGCAGAUGUACUACUCUGUAAAGCUUGUGCAGAAUAUUCUUUUGUGCUUAGUAGACAAAUACGUAGGCUUACAUGUAUAACAAUAUUAGUCACACACGAUUUAAGGGACGUUGUUUUAGUAAUAUCUAUUGUCUUUGUUAUUUACAUUCAAGUUUCUCAUCACUGUAUUAAUUCUCAAGAAUGUGCAUUUGCGAGAGUACUGUGACCCUACCAUCCUGCUGUGUGUACUUUAGUGAACUGUAGGGUAGACGGUUGGUAUGAUAUUAACAGCACAGUUUAGUUUUUUUGUUUUGUUUUUCUUCAGUGUACCUGUUCCUGUUCCGGAACACUUAACUCCCACCGAGUAUUGAUCGUACAGAAUGCUUCUUCUGCUGCAUUGACUUGUAGAUGUGGAUGAAACACGUGUUAACUUAUAUUACCUGCGUUAAAUAAUGUAAAGAUUAAAAG